CAUCUCUCUCUCUCUCCCCUACUUCCUAGUUUCCCUGUUUCACUACCUCCUUCUAUAUGCACUCACCUGUCUUCUCUUUUUUUGUAGCAACAAUCAACAACCUCACUCACUCACUUCACCUCACUCUCUUCUCCUACUUCUUCUUUUUCACACCCCCACAAUUCAUCACACACCCCCACCCUCCAAACACUACUUCCAUUCUUCCCUUCCCUCUUCCAACCCAAAACUCACCAACCCUUUAUGGCUAAAUGUCCAUAAACGAAUCCCAAACCCAUAAUCACAACAAUGUCAAAACAAAAACCACACUUUUUCCCUCAAAAAACCACCCAAUUUUGACCCUUCAUCUCAAAGAACCACAAAACCAAAACUUUCCCACAAAUUCAACCACCCUUUUGACCAAAACAAUGACUUCAACAAACUCCACUUCAACAGAACCACUUCCUAGUUCAGAAGAACUUGCUGUCAAAGCUGUUAACAAACGAUACGAGGGUCUUGUCACUGUUCGAACCAAAGCUGUUAAAGGUAAAGGUGCAUGGUAUUGGACACACCUUGAACCUAUUCUGGUUCGAAAUCCUGAUACUGGUCUUGCUAAAUCUGUUAAACUCAAGUGUUGUUUGUGUGAUUCUGUUUUUUCUGCUUCAAACCCUUCAAGAACAGCUUCAGAACAUCUCAAACGUGGAACAUGCUCUAAUUUUAACAAUUCUGGUUUGUUGUUAAAAUCUGAACCCGGUUCAGUUCCGGUUUCUCCGGUUCCUAUUUCGUCGGUCUCCGGUUCGAACCGGAAAAGAGAUCAAAUGGGAGUUGCUGUUUCAGUUUCAACUUCACCAUCAUCAUUAAGUUUUCAGAAUCAUAACUUGGCAUUGGUUGAAAUUGGCUACAAUCAGGUGCAUGGUAAUAUGGUGAACCAUCAGAAUCAGAAUCAGAAUCACCAGAAUCAGAAUCAGAAUCAGCAUCAUUUGAUGUUGUCUGGUGGAAAAGAUGAUUUGUGUGCAUUGGCUAUGUUUGAAGAUAGUGUGAAGAAGUUGAAGAGUCCUAAGACUUCACCUGGUACUUCUUUGAGUAAAGAACAGGUGAAUUCUGCUUUGGAUUUACUUGCUGAUUGGUUUUAUGAAUGUUGUGGUUCUGUUUCUUUGUCAACAAUUGAGCAUAGAAAGUUUCAAGCUUUUCUUUCUCAAGUUGGUUUGCCUGUAGGAAGUUGUUUGAGACGCGAGGUUUCCGGUCCAAGGCUCGAUGCUAGGUUUAAUGAAGUUAAGAGUGAAUCCGAGGCGAAAAUUAGGGAUGCGAUGUUUUUUCAAGUAGCUAGUGAUGGUUGGAAGAGUUAUGGUAAUAGUAGUAGUAAUUUUAAUAAUAAUAGGAGUUUGUAUGGUUUGUGUUGUGGUGGUGAGAGUUUGGUUAAGUUUAUGGUGAAUCUACCAAAUGGGAGUAGUGUUUUUGAAAAGGCGGUGUUUACCGGCGGAGGAGUUGUGAAUUCGAAGUAUGCUGAGGAGGUUUUGUGGGAGACUGUGACUGGUGUUAGUGGUAGUGUUGUUCAAAGAUGUGUAGGAAUUGUUGCUGAUAAGUUUAAGGCUAAGGCAUUGAGGAAUUUGGAGAAUCAAAACCAUUGGAUGGUAAAUACUUCUUGUCAGCUUCAAGGGUUUGUUAGUUUAAUCAAGGAUUUUAACAACGAGCUCGAACUUUUCGGUAUUGUUACUAAGAAUUGUCUUAAAGUUGCAAAUUUUAUAGACAAUGAAUCUCAGGUGAGGAAUGUUUUUGUUAAUUAUAGAAUGCAGGAGAUGGAGUAUGGCGGGUUGAUUCGUGUGCCUUCGCCGAAAUGUGAUCCGUUGAAGAACUUUGCAUCUGUGUUUCCGAUGCUUGAGGAUAUUUUGAGCUGUGCUAGAAUAAUUCAAAUGGUUGUGAUGGAGGACGCUUUUAAGGCAAUGUUCAUGGAGGAUCCGAAUGCUAGAGAAGUGGCUGGAAUGGUUCAGAAUGAGGUGUUUUGGAACGAGGUCGAAGCAGUUUAUUCGCUUGUGAAGAUUAUUAAAGGAAUGGUUCAGGAUAUAGAGGCGGAGAGGCCGUUGAUCGGUCGAUGUUUGCCUCUUUGGGAAGAGAUGAGAACCAAAGUGAAGGAGUGGUGUAGUAAAUACAAUGUUGUCGAAGGACCAGUGGAGAAAAUACUCGAAAAACGGUUUCGAAAAAACUACCACGCUGCAUGGUCAGCGGCAUUUAUACUCGAUCCACUUUACUUGAUUAAAGACACAAGUGGAAAGUAUCUCCCGCCAUUCAAGUUUCUGACGCGCGAACAAGAGAAAGACGUCGAUAAGUUACUUACAAGACUAGCUUCGAGAGAAGAAGCUCAUGUUGUUUUGAUGGAGCUAAUGAAAUGGAGAUCAGAAGGACUCGACCCUCUUUAUGCGCAAGCCGUUCAGAUGAAACAAAGAGAUCCAAUCACCGGGAAGAUGAAAGUCGCGAAUCCUCUCAGUAGUCGACUUGUUUGGGAAACAUGUUUGUGUGAGUUCAAAUCUUUAGGGAAGAUAGCAGUGAGGCUCAUUUUUCUUCAUGCAACUUCAUGUGGAUUUAAGAGUAAUUGGUCUUUCAUGAGAAAAGUUUCUGGAAACAAAAACUCUAGAGUUGCAUUGGAAAGAGCUCAGAAAAUGAUAUACAUUGCAGCUCAUGCAAAGCUUGAAAGAAGAGAUUUUUCUAGUGAGGAAGAAAAAGAUGCAGAAUUAUUUUCCAUUUCUGGAAGUGAUGAAGAUAGCAUGCUAGCUGAAGUCUAUGCCGAUGCAAUGCAAUCUUAAUGUAGCGAAUGGUUUUAAAUUGCGGUCAUGCAACAUAACGGAAUUUGAAAUCUCCGCAACGGCAUCACAACUAUAGUUUCAACUGCAUUUUCAUGCAAUAUAAAGGUUCACAGCAUAACUGCAACCACAUUUUAAAACGCUAGUGUAACUUGUUUCCUUUUUUUACUUUUAUAGAUUUGUGUAAUUUUUUAGGAUUUAUCAGAUUCUUUCAAGAACACUCCUAUUAUUCUGUUAGAAGGGGUUCAUAUAAAAUAUGUUGUUAGUGACUGUGUUAUUAUCAGUUUUGAUUCUUUUGAAUCAUCAAUCAUUUAUUUUAGGAGAAUGGUUUUGAGUUCUAAUUUGUUAUCAACCUGAGAAAGGUGGCUUUACUAUCUUUUUGUGGAAUGAA